AAUAAUGACAGCAGAAGUUAUGCCUCAUUCAUCAAAUUGGGACCCGGCGCUUUCAAAGCUCCUAAACUCCUUGAAGGAUGCCACGUCUCUGCAUUCAGUUGAAGAGAUAAAUUUCCUGAGUGAGUUAUUACAAUCGAAAGAACUAAAUGCUUUGGUGACGGUACAUAACAAAAUCAUAGCAAAUGGAAAAGACGAUAAGUUCUUUCCAAUGCUAUCGACUUCUAUGCAAAUAGCUUUAGAGGUGCUCGAUAUGCUUGCUCAGAGGUGUCAUGUCUCAUCCGAUUGUAAAGAAUUGUUUCAUCUGUUACAGACACCACAUGUUCAGGGUUUAUUAUGUGCCCACGAUGCAGUUGCUCAAAAAGACUACUAUCCUCAUUUGCCAGAUAUUCCUUUAGAAGUUGAUGAGGAUGAAGAGACGAUUAAGAUUGUACAACUUGUUAAGAGCAAUGAACCGAUGACUGGAGGGCAAGGCAGCGAGCCUAUCGUGGGUGCUACAAUUAAAAUGGAUGAAGAGUCAGGCAAAAUAGUAAUAGCAAGAAUAAUGCAUGGCGGUGCUGCCGACAGAUCAGGACUUAUUCAUGUAGGAGAUGAGGUUGUUGAAGUUAAUAAUAUUAAUGUUGAAGGGAAGACUCCGGCAGAUGUACUUACAAUACUGCAAAAUUCAGAAGGUACAAUAACAUUUAAAUUAGUACCAGCAGAUGGCAAAAUGGGUCUACGAGAAAGCAAGGUGCGUGUUAGGGCACAUUUUGACUAUGUUCCUAGUGAAGAUCCUUAUAUACCUUGUAAAGAAGCAGGAUUGGCUUUUGAGCGAGGCACUAUAUUACAUAUUGUUUCUCAGGAUGAUGCUUAUUGGUGGCAAGCCAGAAGGGAAGGUGAUAAAAAUAUGCGUGCAGGAUUAAUACCAAGCAGAGCCUUACAAGAACGUAGAGUCCUUCAUGAGAGAAGCGAACAAAGACAUGCUGAUGUAGAUGCACAUGGGCUCUGUACAUCAACCUCGAUCCUCCCCACGAGCAUGUUAGCCUGUUCUAACCCUUCACGCCUCAACUCAACUACUAACUGCAACAGUCCAUCUCGGACUGUGGACACAUGUGCUUUGCAAACUAUCAAGACUAAGAAAAUAAUGUACGAUACAGCAGAGUGUGAUGACUUCGACAGAGAACAUGUGGCCACAUAUGAGGAAGUGGCUAAAUUGUAUCCAAGGGCAGGACUUUACAGGCCCCUGGUGCUUGUUGGAGCUCCUGGGGUUGGCAGGAACGAGCUGAAGAGGCGUUUGAUUGCUACGGAUGUUGAGAAAUAUAAAACACCUAUACCGUAUACAUCUCGUGCAAUAAGACAAGGUGAAGAAAAUGGCAAAGAGUACUGGUUUGUCUCUAGAGAGAAAAUGGAGGAGGAUAUUGCUGCAGGAAAGUUUAUCGAGCAUGGUGAAUACAAAGGAAAUUUGUAUGGAACUUCUGCAGAGAGUGUUAAGUCACUAGUUAAUGCAGGAUUUGUCUGUGUCCUCAGUCCACACUACCAAGCUUUAAAAAUGCUGAGAACUCCCCAAUUGAAGCCUUAUAUAGUAUUCAUAGAGCCCCCACAGUUUGAAGAACUACGUGAGACUCGAGCAGCAAUGAGAGCAAAGUCCACAUUCGAUGAAACCAAUUCUAGAGGAUUCACGGACGAAGAGCUCCGAGAGAUGAUACGCUCCUCCCAAAGGAUAGAAUUCCUGCACGGUCACCAGUUCGACGAGCGCGUGGUCAAUGGUGAUCUAGCUGUGUCUUUCGAGAGACUGCUGCAGGCAGCCAGGAGAGCGGAGACGGAACCCCUGUGGGUGCCUGCUGGAUGGGUUCAGUGAAGACAAGAGACAAAUAUCAUCGUACUUAAUUAUUUAUAAUAAAGGAUAAAGAAUGAUUUUAAUAUAUAGGAAAGGAGGGUAGUAGGU